UCAGGACGGUAGGCAGGACAGGAACAGAGCAGUACCCAUUUUAUCUUUUUAUUCUUUCAUUCAUUUUUUUCUUAAAAACUCAAUAAAAUACAGACAAAAGAAGAAGUGGGUUCCACUAAAAUUGGACUAAAUCAUGAGUAGUGGUGCUGGAAUUGCUAGUUUUUGCUUCCAAAAGGACUUGCUCACUUUUCUUCUUAAAAAAGACUUGGAUUCCUCCUAAUUCAGACGUGCUAGCCUUGAUGCUUGUUUCCUCCUAUUCUUCUUCUUCUUCUUCUUCAUAUUCAACUUCUCUCCUCUCCUUUCUAAAUAACUCCUUGGUUUUUGCUUUUUUAUGGUGCUCAUGUAGCUUCAUAAACUACUUCAUAUACACAUUAAUGUUUGUCGUUUUCUUUGGUUUAGAGUGAAAAAGCAUUAUUGCAUACCAAAUAUCAUACACGUUUCAUUCUAGCCUCUCUGUGUCCUUUAUUUGGCAUUUGGGCAACCUGGGUUUUCACUUUCACAUUGGUUAGUGAAUAAAAUUUGGAUGGGGAAAACUGGCUUUGGCUUAUUAUAGUCUUAGCAGCUGCACAGAAAUUUCCAAGUUUGUUCCUUUGUAGGAGGAUCAGGAUUUUAGUGGGUUUCUAAAGCUGGGUUAUUGGAAGAAAGUUUGAUCUUUUGAGAGAUUGCAAAAAAGUUUUCUGCAGAACAUCAACAAUUUAAGGAUAAGGGAUUGUAUGUGCAAGUUUCUUUUCUAAGGGUACAAUGACUGCGUCUACUGCCUCUAGGGAGGCAUCGAAUUAUGAUGAGGUCUCUAUGCAGCAGAGCUUGCUCUUCUCUGAUAGUCUUAAGGAUUUGAAGAAUCUGAGAACACAGUUAUAUUCAGCAGCUGAGUAUUUUGAACUAUCGUACACAAAUGAUGACCAAAAACAGAUAGUAGUGGAGACAUUGAAAGAUUACGCCAUAAAAGCUCUUGUAAAUACUGUGGACCAUUUGGGCUCUGUAACAUAUAAGGUUAAUGAUCUCUUGGAUGAGAAGGUUGAUGAAGUUUCUGGAACAGAAUUCCGUGUAUCUUGCAUUGAACAGAGACUACGUACAUGCCAAGAAUAUAUCGACCAUGAGGGCAUCACCCAGCAGUCACUGGUGAUAAAUACUCCAAAGUACCACAAGCGGUACAUCUUGCCAGUUGGCGAGACAAUGCAUGGAGCUAUUCGCACUAAAUCAAAAUACCUAGGAUGCAACCUAGACGAUGAAGAUGAUUGGCAUCAGUUCCGGAAUGCUGUUCGAGCUACAAUCACAGAAACCCCAACAACUUCGGUCAGAAGAGGGCGUUCGCCAUCACCUUCUCCACGGCCUCCGCACCGAUCUGCAACUUUUUCGUUUACAUCUACUAUGCCCAAGAAAGAAUUAGAUAAGCGCUCAGUUUCACCUCAUCGUUUCCCUCUGCUGCGUUCGGGGUCUGUGUCAAGUAGGCCAACAACACCAAAUAGCAGCAGGCCUACCACUCCAAGUUCUGCUGCUGCAAGACGGCGAUAUCUUUCAGAGCCUAGGAAGUCGGCUUCUAUGCGUGUCCAGGCUGAAAAGGAAAAUUCUAAAGACAUUGAGCAAUACCCUAGCAAAAGUAAACGCCUUCUCAAGGCCUUACUUAGUCGUCGCAAAUCAAAGAAAGAUGAUAUGCUAUAUACUUACUUGGAUGAAUAUUGAGGGAAAAGAAAAGUGAUGUUGAGAUCAAGAAAACAGAAUUGAGAUUGCAGGGAACUAUAUCAGACGUCCGAUUUGUUGAUUUUCUCCUCAUUCAAUCCUAUUUUUGCCUUCUCUUUCCUCUGCGCAAUAGUUAUAUAACGAAAGGUUAUUUAUCUUCCCAGUCCAAUAUUAUUGCAUGUAUUGUUCCACAAGUAUUCCAUAGUAAUGCACGAAUCAUAAUUGAUUCCUUUGCUGAGUUAUGCCAUUUUCUGUUCAAUUUGAAGUAAUAGAAUUAUAAUUUUGGCUUCUUA